AUGGCAAAUUGUGAUCAACAGCCACAGAGCGAGGGUGUCCCUCCACUCUCGGGAUCUGUGUCUCCUGUCGGGAGGGACACCUAUCCGCCUCUGUCCCAUGGCCAAGACGAAUCCCAGGCAUGGUUGGCUUAUGAUAGGGCAGCGAACUGCUCACCGGCCUCGGCACCACCCGAACCGGUAGAUUGUCUAGCAGGAGAGACACGGUCCAUGGUUAUCGAAGAUACAUUGCCGAGGCACCGUGGACCAUCCUUGAACAAGUUCCAGACGAUAAUGCAAAUGAAAGAGCGGACACGGGCCAAAGCAGACACUAAAACCGAAAGCCACCUUUCGCCAGAGAGCCCAAUGUGGAGAUCGACCUCUUUGCUAUUCGGCCUAGUGGUCUUUGGGUUUAUGCUUGCAUUGGGUCAUCACUCGGUGUUCAACUUCUUGGACGGCAAGCAGGUUUCAUCAGACUCUCAAAACUGGGUAAAUCGCAUAUUAAACGGUGAUGCGUUGAUUGUCAAGACUUGUUGGACUCUGGCGGUCGGUCUGGCCUUUCAACAUACCUUGUGGUACAGUUUCCGGCGACAUCAUAUCAAGAUUCAGUCAAUGGACAAGCUGCUCAAUCUACGAAGCGAUGUUCUAGGAUUCCUAUUCUUCGAUUUUUUUCGAUGCGUCCCAGUCGCCAUGGCGCUUGCGACUAUCACCUGGUUGUCGCCAGCUCUGCCUGUCGUUGUACCUGGAACUUUAUCCGUCGAGGUAAACCAAGAUGGUGUCAAGCAGGUGGACGAACUGCCGCGCAACUGGAACUCGCCUAGUAGCCCUGAUUCCCUUGAGCAAACGUGUCCAAUUUACACAGCUGCCGAGGAUGAUAUCUAUACCUCAGUUUUCUCAAGGAUAUGGAUACAAUACCUGAACAACGAAAGCGUCAGUCCAAUCACAGUCUCAUCGAUGAUUGGUUUCGAACCUGCGCAGGUCAACCAAGCCUGGCGGACAUUGGCGUGCACCUUUCAAAACACGACGUACUCUCUGAACGUAGUUUUCGAAAACGGGAUUCCAUCUAUCAAUACGACGAUAGUUUCAUCCGCUCCAAUGGGUAUCGUCGGUCCUAUUGACCUCACUGGACCCACAGAGGCGCAGUAUCUGGACCCAGCAACAGCACUAUUUUCCAGCCUCGCAGGCAGCAUUUACGGAGAGACUUCGGAGAACUCUCAGACACCCAGAUUAGAUUCUCCAAUCUCUAUUAUUGCUGCAAAUGCACCCACGUGCAACACAACAUGCCGCUCACCUACGGCGGAGAUCCUCUACGAGUACAACCCAGAGUUCCUCUGGCUUAGCUACGGCCUUGGGCUGUUAGCAACCCUCUGCUGUCUCGCUGCAGGCCUAUACGCCCUCCAGCAGAACGGAGUCACAAUGGAAAGUACUUUCAGCGAUAUAGCCGCGGCCACCCGAAACAUAGCGCUUGGUCAAGUCCUCGCCGAUGAAGGCCACACAGUGGCUGCAAGGAAAUCAGAAAGAUACUUGAAACAAAGAGUCAGGUAUGGAGAGCUUGUGAAGGAGUAUGGUGAUGUGAAGAUACGUUGGGAUCAUCGAAGGGCGAGAGAAGGGCAGCUUUUGCAGCGGAAGGAUGGAUACAGUCCGUUGAAAGACAGCAGACAGAACGUCUUCGUCCGACUGUCUUCCGAACUGAAUGAGACGUUCACGGCCAGAUGUUAUAGGAUUCAUCUGCGAAAGUGGCCUGAGUUCGUGCUGAAUUAG